CACCCGCUGGAUCAAUCCGAGCGGAGAGGCGGCGCGCCGGAAAGCUACAGGCUAGCAAGAAACGCGCAGCAAUCAAAACACAAACUCCAGGCCCUGCGCCCACAUAGACUUCUUUCAUUUCAAUGCAGAAAGCCAGCAGGUCCAGCAAAGGGCUUCUUGACGGACGGGGGUCUUCCAAACACCGGUUUAUGUGAACGAAGGGAGCGUUUUGGCCUCGUCAACUUGGCUAACAUUCGCUAACGAAAGGCCCAGCUAGCGACAGCCGUGGAGCUUAGUUUUUGUAGCAAAAGCAAAACAAGGAAUGAGUGAUGACCUCUGUGGUGGUGUCAGACAGUGGAGGCAACAUAGUGGAGUAUGUGACUGUGGUGGAGGAGCCCCAACAGUGUGAGCAGCAGCCUGCUGAGGAAGAGGAUGAGGUGGAAGCUGUGAUCGUGUCCACCGGGGAGGUGGAGGAGGGCGUAGUGCUGCAGGAGGAGAGCUGCCCUGCUGUCAUUGUGGAGGAGGUGCCCAACCCCCAGGUGGAGGAGUGUUACUCAGCCCAGGUCCUGGUCUACGAUGAUGAGACAUACCUGAUGCAGGAUGUGGCUGAGGAGCAGGAGGUAGUCACUGAGGUGGCUGACACUGUGGAGAUGUCGGCUCAUGACAUGGUCUGCUUUGACAAAACGUUUGAAGCAGCUGAAGCUCUGCUUCACAUGGAAUCUCCUGGAGGUCUGCCCUCUGAACGCAACACAGCAGAGGAUGUGAUGAUGGAGACAGUGGUGGAGGUUUCUACAGAAUGUGGAACUAUAGAGGAGGAGUCCUUCCCCAUCCCACCUGACUGUGAACCUGCAGCCAAGAAGAGGAGAGGAGGAGGACGGAAACCCAGAACACACCAGCCUGCAUCCAAUGGCUCCUUUGACCUGGGGAUGAAGAAGAGACCAAGGGAGGGUAAAGGUAAUACCACAUAUCUGUGGGAGUUCCUCUUGGAACUACUGCAGGAUAAAAACACAUGUCCCAGGUACAUCAAGUGGAUGCAGAGGGACAAGGGCAUCUUUAAACUGGUUGACUCCAAAGCCGUGUCUCGACUGUGGGGCAAACACAAGAACAAGCCUGACAUGAACUAUGAGACCAUGGGCCGAGCCCUCAGAUAUUAUUACCAGCGCGGCAUUCUGGCCAAGGUGGAGGGGCAGCGUCUGGCCUACCAGUUCAAAGACAUGCCCAAGAACAUUCGGGUCAUCGACGACGAUGAAGGCGAGGACAUGGAGGAUGGCGAGGCAGCGGUGUCUGCUCAGUACCCAGCACACCAGCAGGGCCCCCCCACCCUGGGCACUAGCUCCCCCACCCAGCCCCACCAGACCUACGUCACUGUCAUCCCCAGCAACACCACCAACAGGCCGAUCCGAGCCAUGCCGGUGGUGAUGACCAACUCGUUAGGUCAGGUGACAUUAAACUCCUCUCCCAUCCUCACCACUACCACAGGAGUCCCGGUAACAGUGGCCAACGCUAAUGCAACCCCAAAGCUGGUGAUCCAGGCCCUACCCACUGUGCUACCUGCCGGUUCCAAAGCAGGAGAGAAGAUCACCAUCAUCACUAUCCCAGCCAAUCAGCUGGCCACACUCAUGCAACCCUCAGGUCAGGUGACGCAGCUCAUCCAGGCCAAACCCGUGGUUACGCAGCUAGCACAUGCCCCAGCCACCGCCACCACCAAACCAGCCACCACCACAGUCCAGCUGACACCGGGACGACCAAUGCCGCAGCUCAUCCUGGCCAAACCGGCAGCGGUGGCUCAGCCAUUGCCACAGCUCUCUGUCCAAGUGAGUCAGCCUGUUCUGCCCAAAACCCAGAGUCAGAAGCACCUCAGCAGUCAGCCUGAAGCAGUGCAACCAGAGGUGGAAGCAGAGGCCCCGCCCCCCUCCAGUCCCCUCCCAGUAGCUGCAGAGACCCCAGCAUCCUGAGGCCCUGUUCAGGUGGGCCACGAAGUAGGAUCAGGGGGAGGGAGGGGGAAAGGAAGUGACUGAGGACACUGCUAAGGAAGCGCAGGACACAUCCCACCCCCAGUCCCACCUCUCUACAGAGCAUAGCUGCUCUCUGAUUGGCUGAGACUGUCUCUUCUGGAGCAGAUGAAGCCCCUUCAGAGGAAUAAAGGGACUGUUGUUCAAACACACAGACACACAGCCUUAGAUUGUACAUGAAACCUCCUUUUUGUAAUCAAACCUAAUAUAAACGCCUGAUGAGACGUUGUAAAAAGCCUUUUUGAUACUCGAUGCUCUGUAUCACAUGUAGUAUGACUUCUGUCUUUAGGUUCUCAUAGUUUCCUGCUCUGUUCACACUUCUGUUUCUACACUGCAGUGUCACAGUCUUCAUCAGCUCCAGUCUGGUUUUCCUUUUCUUUUUUUUUUUUGUUCAGAAAAAGGGAGUGAAUGAAUGUCUGCUUCCACGGGAAACAACCCAAUGGUGUGUUCCUCAUUCAAAAUAUACAAUUUUUCCUUGAACUAUCAGUGUAUUGAAGUAGAUUUUACUCAAAUAUGUAUUAUAAAAGACAAAUGUGGAUUAAAACAGUGUUCUGAGUA